UGGAGAUCAGGUUCUUCACCUGCACCUCCAAUCAGAGAAGUCAGGAAAUAAUUUCACUGAAGCAGUUUAUUUAACAGAUCAGAACUUUUCAGUGAGCUUCAAGACGUCCAGAACCAGGACCAGAACCAGAACCAGAACCAGGACCAGAAUCAGAAGCAGGAGCAGGACCAGAAUCAGGACCAGAACCAUGACCAGGACCAGGAUGUUACAUGUUGAUGUUUCUGUGCAGCACGUGUGUGUUUCCUUCUGUUGUGUUUGUAACAGGGCUUGACUGUAAACACUCAGCUGAUAACGGAGGUAACUACAGGUCACACACACACACAAACACACACACUCAGCACUCGGCUUUGCUCCCUUCCGGUAUUGGUCUGACGUCGGGGCGUGCUGGUUGUCAUGGUGACCGUAUAAACAGGGAGCGGCUCACGCUCAUAAAAGCCUGCAGGAGUCUCUGCUCUGUCUGAUCUGCGCGAGACGAAGAGAUGGACGGACGUCAGGUGAGCGUUGUGUGUCUACUGCUGGAGAUGAUGGUGAUUGGACGGAACGCUGCGUCAUGUCCUCCCUGUCAACCAGGUUUCUUCUUGGUCCAGAACUGUUCCCUCCGUAGUGGUGGGGGUGGGGUGGGGAUCCGGUGUCAACCUUGCACUGACUGUUCAGCUACUCAUCAGGAAACUGAGGUUGAGUGCUCGAAGUUCUCCGAUUCUGUGUGCAGAAACCAAACCACCAGCGCCAUGACGGCAACAUCUGCAGGACCUCCAGUCUCUCCUCAUGACACGUGGCUCAUCCUCAGUGUGAUAUCUUUCUCCGUCUUCCUGAUCCUGCUGCUCAGUCUGUCUCUCGCCCUGCUGGCCUGCAGAAAGCAGCACGGCAACAAGCACCCUGGUCUGAAUGUGCCCUGACUGGCGAGGCUGCAGCUCUGAAGGAAAAUCAUUCCACCGUCUCCUCAGCGUCCCUGCUGGAGGAAGCUGAUCCAGGUGCUGAUCCAAGUCCUCAUCCAGGUGCUGAUCCAUUUCCGGAUCCAAGUCCUCAUCAAGGUGCUGAUUCAAGUCCUGAUUCAGGUCCUGAUCUAGUUGCUGAUCCAGGUCCUGAUCCAGAUCGCCACAACCCAGGACCUAGGGUGAAAGAACAUCUGUAGUCCAGGUGUUGACCAGGCCCAGUCCAGUCUGACCGCCUGAGUACAGGUGAAGCUGCUUUAGUCCAGGUGUAGUUCAGGUCUAGUUGGUUUAGUCCAGGUGUAGAUGGUUUAGUCCAGAUGUAGUUCAGGUCUAGUUGGUUUAGUCCAGGUGUAGAUGGUUUAGUCCAGAUGUAGUUCAGGUCUCGUUGGUUUAGUCCAGGUGUAGUUGGUUUAGUCCAGGUGUAGUUCAGGUCUCGUUGGUUUAGUCCAGGUGUAGUUGGUUUAGUCCAGGUGUAGUUCAGGUCUCGUUGGUUUAGUCCAGGUGUAGUUGGUUUAGUCCAGGUGUAGAUGGUUUAGUCCAGGUGUAGUUCAGGUCUAGUUGGUUUAGUCCAGGUGGAGAUGGUUUAGUCCAGGUGUAGUUGGUUUAGUCCAGGUGUAGUUCAGGUCUAGUUGGUUUAGUCCAGGUGUAGUUGGUUUAGUCCAGGUGUAGUUCAGGUCUCGUUGGUUUAGUCCAGGUGUAGUUGGUUUAGUCCAGGUGUAGUUCAGGUCUCGUUGGUUUAGUCCAGGUGUAGUUGGUUUAGUCCAGGUGUAGUUGGUUUAGUCCAGGUGUAGAUGGUUUAGUCCAGGUGUAGAUGGUUUAGUCCAGGUGUAGUUCAGGUCUAGUUGGUUUAGUCCAGGUGUAGUUGGUUUAGUCCAGGUGUAGUUCAGGUCUCGUUGGUUUAGUCCAGGUGUAGUUGGUUUAGUCCAGGUGUAGUUCAGGUCUCGUUGGUUUAGUCCAGGUGUAGUUGGUUUAGUCCAGGUGUAGUUGGUUUAGUCCAGGUGUAGAUGGUUUAGUCCAGCUCUUGGUCCAGACAUUUCAGAAGCAGUCUAGCAUAAGCAGACCUGUGUCUUUUGUUAGCCAAUCAGAUGGAAGAACCUGUGUGCUGUGACCUCACCGUGUGCAGAGUGUCAUACAUGUAGUUUCUGUCAGAGACACGUUGUCUCCUCCUGCUGGUGGACUCUCCUCUAGAAGUCCUGCGGAUGUUCGGUUCUCCAGUUUCCCAGAAUGCACCUGUCUUCCUGCACAGUCGCAGCAGCCGAGAGGAAAAUCAGUGGAAUGAUCCUUUAUCUGUAUUCAUGUAUGUGUGAGACGUAACCAUGGUAACAGCUUAUUUGACAUUAGUUUACUGGGAUCACAGUAACUGCAGUCUACUGUAGCCAUGGUUACAGCAGUUAAACAUAACCAUGGUAACAGUUUUAUUCAUGUUUAUAUGAUCAUACAGCUAUGAUAUUUAGUUUAUUUAUGUUAUUAUUAACAUACAGCUGUUAUAUUUAGUUUUAAUAUUUUUAUUAUCAUACAGCUGUUAUAUUUAGUUUAUUUAUGUUAUCAUACAGCUGUUAUAUUUAGUUUAU